AUGUUAGGAGGCUUGUCUGGCCCCCCAGCUGCCGCCACCACCCUCGGCCACCUCGGCCUCUGGCACCCCCCUCGGCCACCUCGGCCUCUGGCACCACCCUCGGCCACCCCAGCCUCUGGCACCACCCUCGGCCACCCUAGCCUCUGGCACCACCCUCGGCCACCCCAGCCUCGGCACCACCCUCUGGCACCCCCCUCGGCCACCUCGGCCUCUGGCACCAAACUCCGCCACCCCAGCCUCUGGCACCAUCCUCGGCCACCUCGGCCUCUGGCACCCCCCUCGGCCACCUCGGCCACCCCAGCCUCUGGCACCACCCUCGGCCACCCCGGCCUCUGGCACCCCCCACGGCCACCUCGGCCUCUGGCACCACCCUCGGCCACCCCAGCCUCUGGCACCACCCUCGGCCACCCCAGCCUCUGGCACCACCCUCGGCCACCUCGGCCUCUGGCACCCCCCUCGGCCACCCCAGCCUCUGGCACCCCCCUCGGCCACCCCGGCCUCUGGCACCACCCUCGGCCUCUGGCACCACCCUCGGCCACCCCGGCCUCUGGCACCACCCUCGGCCACCCCGGCCUCUGGCACCCCCCUCGGCCACCCCGGCCUCUGGCACCACCCUCGGCCACCCCAGCCUCUGGCACCACCCUCGGCCACCCCGGCCUCUGGCACCACCCUCGGCCUCUGGCACCACCCUCGGCCACCUCGGCCUCUGGCACCACCCUCGGCCACCCCAGCCUCUGGCACCACCCUCGGCCACCCCAGCCUCUGACACCACCCUCGGCCACCCCGGCCUCUGGCACCCCCCUCGGCCUCUGGCACCACCCUCGGCCACCCCGGCCUCUGGCACCACCCUCGGCCACCCCGGCCUCUGGCACCACCCUCGGCCACCCCGGCCUCUGGCACCACCCUCGGCCACCCCGGCCUCUGGCACCCCCCUCGGCCACCUCGGCCUCUGGCACCACCCUCGGCCACCCCAGCCUCUGGCACCACUCUCGGCCACCCCGGCCUCUGGCACCCCCCUCUGGCACCACCCUCGGCCACCCCAGCCUCUGGCACCACCCUCGGCCACCCCGGCCUCUGACACCACCCUCGGCCACCCCGGCCUCUGACACCACCCUCGGCCACCCCGGCCUCUGGCACCACCCUCGGCCACCCCGGCCUCUGGCACCACCCUCGGCCACCCCGGCCUCUGGCACCACCCUCGGCCACCCCGGCCUCUGGCACCACCCUCGGCCACCCCGGCCUCUGGCACCACCCUCGGCCACCCCGGCCUCUGGCACCACCCUCGGCCACCCCGGCCUCUGGCACCACCCUCGGCCACCCCGGCCUCUGGCACCACCCUCGGCCACCCGAUAG